UCACUAUAUAAAGGUAGGAGACUAGGGUUUCGAUGUUUAUAGGGAGUAGAGAGAGCGAGAGAGAGAGAGAGAGAGCUUGGAGAUUCAUCAAUGGCGCCUCCUCAAGUGAAGAAACCUAGAGGGUCCAGGAACAAGGAUCUUAUCAGAGGCGUUGGCCGAUACUCUAGGUCUGCAAUGUAUCACAAGCGUGGGCUCUGGGCCAUUAAGGCAAAAAAUGGUGGGGUUUUUCCUAGCCAUGAAAAGAAGCCGGCAGCUCCAAAACCAGAGGAGAAGCCGCCUAAGUACUACCCCGCUGACAAUAUCCCGAAACCUCUGGUUAAUAACAGAAAGCACAAGCCUACCAAGCUUAGGGCAAGCAUUGCUCCAGGUACUGUGCUGAUCAUUCUAGCUGGGAGAUUCAUGGGGAAGAGGGUUGUAUUCCUGAAACAGCUUCCUUCUGGCCUUCUUCUGAUCACCGGUCCUUUUGUGGUGAAUGGUGUCCCUCUGAGACGUGUCAACCAAGCCUAUGUUAUUGCAACUUCAACCAAGGUUGAUAUCUCUGGAACGAAUGUGGAGAAGUUCACUGAUAUUUACUUCACAAAAACUGUUGUGAGAAAGAAGAAAGGAGAGACCGAGUUCUUUCAGGCAGAGAAAGAGGAGACCAUGUCCCUCCCACAAGAGGUAAAAGAUGACCAGAAAGCAGUUGAUACUCCUCUGAUAAAGGCCAUUGAAGCUGUACCUGAUUUGAAGCCAUAUCUUGCUGCUAGAUUCUCUCUCCGUUCAGGCAUGAAACCUCACGAGCUCUCAUUUUAGGAGAGAGAACCUGUAGAAUUUUUAGGUGUCCUUUUGGUCAGGUUUUUAUACUUAAAGUUUUGACUUUCCUGCCCUAUUUUGGACGGAACAACCUCAUCUAUUUCUUAUUUGAGUGAAAAGAGAGAAUGAACUUUAUCUACUUUCAAGAAUCUAAAUUUCUGAUUGAAAUCUUAGCUUUUCUAUGUUGACUUCACUGUGGAUGUUUGCCACCAUUUGCAUUUCCCAUAUGGUCUCAUGGGUGGAAUGUGUUCCUAUCUUCUCUUC